AAGUUGAAUACAUUGGUGCAGAAACUUCAUGACUUCUUGGCUCACUCGUCAGAAGAAUCUGAAGACGCGAACAGUCCUCCAUCAUCUAAAAACAAAACCACAGUAAAGUUUUUGCAUAGUCCAACUUCAAUGGAGAACAGUAGAGAAGAGGGCAAUAGUUCUUCAGAAAGAAACAAAUCCAUAGGAUCAUCACGUUCAAAAAGGAAACCUACAGUUGUAACAAAGUAUGUUGGAUCAGAUGAUGAGCAAAACUUAGAUGAAACUCUAAAUGAAGAUGUUUCAAAUGAAAACUCAGAAAACGAUGUUGAUAUGAAAAGUUUACCUAAAGGUACAGUGGUUGUACAGCCUGAGCCAGUGCUGAAUGAAGACAAAGAUGAUUUUAAAGGGCCUGAAUUUAGAAGCAGAAAUACCGUUAAAAUGAAACCUGAAGCUCCCAAAAAGCGUGGAGAGGAAGGACUACAUGGAAUUGUAAGCUGUACAGCUUGUGGGCAACAGGUGAACCACUUUCAAAAGGAUUCAAUCUAUAGACAUCCUACACUGAAAGUUCUUAUUUGUAAGACUUGCUACAAGUAUUACAUGAGUGAUGACAUUAGCCGUGAUUCAGAUGGAAUGGAUGAACAGUGCAGGUGGUGUGCUGAAGGUGGAAAUCUGAUUUGCUGUGACUUCUGCCAUAACGCCUUCUGUAAAAAGUGCAUUUUGCGCAACCUGGGUCGAAAGGAGCUAUCGACUAUACUGGAUGAAAAUAACCAGUGGCACUGCUAUGUUUGCCAUCCAGAGCCUUUGUUGGACUUGGUCACUGCAUGUGACAGUGUCUUUGAAAACUUAGAACAGUUACUGCAGCAAAACAAAAAAAAGAUCAGAGUUGAAAGUGAAAAAAGUAAAAUCUGUGACAAUGCAGCCAAAUUUUCUCCAAAGAAAAAUAAUUCCAGUUGUAAUGGUGAAGAAAAAAAACUAGAUGAUUCACAUUCAGGUUCAGUAACAUACUCUUAUAAAGCACUAAUGGUGCCAAAGGACUUAGUUAAGAAAACAAGAAAGCUGGUUGAAACUACAGUAAACCUAAAUUCUAGCUUUGUAAGCUUUUUGAAAACUGCUGCAGAAAAUGCAGAAGCAAGGCCAAGUGUGCAUCUUUAUCAGCUAAAAGCUUUUAAAUCUGUGUUGAAUGACAUGAAAAAAGCUCAUCUGGCACUAGAAGAAGAUCUAAACUUGGAGUUUCAAGCUUUGAAUGUUAAAAUCAAAGAUAAAAAUACCAAAGAGAAAAAACCUGAUGUUAGAUCAGAAAAAAAUGAGGUGAAGAAAGAUGAAGGAAAGGAACAUGUGGCAUUAAAAGAGAAUGACACUGAAAAGGAAGUUGCAUCAGAACAGCCUGACAGUGAGCCCAUGGAUCAAAGUGUUCCAACAGUGGAACAAAGAGAUAAGAAGCGUUCUGCUGGUGAGGAUAAAAGGUCUGGCAGAAAUGAAGAACCUCAGUAUGAACCUAAUAGUACAGAGGCUUUAGACAUGGAUAUAGUGUCCAUUCCCUCAUCUGUUCCUGAAGAUAUUUUUGAGACUCUAGAAUCUGCUAUGGAGAUUCAGAUUGCUUCAGAUGAGCAAGACAGUGGAAAUACAGGAACAGAUAAUGAGAAUUCAAAUUCAAAUACAAAAUCGAGCACUCCUGUGAAAGAUACCAAAGGUGGUACCAAGUUAAAAUCAUCGGCUAAAGGAACAAAAGAAUUGAUAGUAAAAUUGACUCCUGUUUCCCUUUCAGAGUCUACAGUUAAAGCUGAAGAUCAAGACAGCAAUCUAGGAGAGGAAAGUAAGGAUGCUGAUGCACUUCAAGCAGAAAAUUCUGAUUCUGUAAAACAAAAUCAUAAUGCUAGCAGUGAACCUUCCACAGAGAACGAAAUGGUCUCACCUGUAGAAGAAUCUGAUCUCAGGAGGUCACCACGUGUGAAGACUACGCCUCUGAGGCGCCAAACUGACAUCAGUCCCUUAACAUCAAAUUCAGAAGAAGAUAGCAAUGAGGCAUGUACUGACAAACGGAAGAGAAAAUCAUCAAAGCAACCAAGAAGGAAAAAUGAUAAAAGAAAUCCUUCAGACAGUACUGUUGAUGGUCCUAGCCCUAAUAAACUUUCUAAAUCUAAAAAGCCAUAUGUAUCAGAUCAGAGCUCAGAUUCUGAUGAGAUGCCAGCUGUUCUUAAAGAAGUAGCUAUGAUGAGCCACAGUUCUUCAGAUAUUGAUAGCAACAGUGAAGCACCAACAAAUGAUCAGAAGACUGGUGAUUUGCUAAAGAAUCAACCAGUAAAGGAUGAAAACGGAAAACGAAAACGAAAAAGUUCCAGUUCCGGUUCAGAUUUAGAUGCUAAAAGAGGCAAAUCGGCUAAAAAUUCUGCUGCUGCUAAAAAGAAACGACAAAACUAUUCGGAUUCUUCAAACUAUGAUUCUGAGUUAGAAAAAGAAAUUAAGAUUUUGAGUAAAAUUGAGUCUGCAAAAAAAGCUAAGAAAAGAUACUCACGAAAAGAAGAUAGUUAUGAUUCCUCUGAAGAAGAGCAGAGGAAAAAAGUAGGUAGUAAGCGAAAGGUAAAUUUGAAGAAACGGAGAGAUAAAUCUUCUGAUGAUGAUGAUGCUGAAAAGUCUUCCACAGAGAAAGAAAUUAAUCGUUCUUCUAAAGAUAAAAAAAUUGGUAAAGGGUCAGCUGCCAAGGAAAGGAUCAACAGAGACUUAAAAGAAAAAACUGUAAAGGGAAAGCAUGAUGAAUCUUCUGAUGUUGAGAAGUCUUCAGUGGAGAAAGAGGAGAGUGGUCCCAAAGGUGCAAAACUAACCGAAGUUAAGAAGAGCAAGGAUUUGAAGAAGAAAAAGGCACAGGAAGAUUCUUCCUCAGAGAGUACUGACAAAUCUUCUGAAAAAUUGAAAAAGAAAAGUUGCAAAAAAGAAGAUGAAUCUUCUUCUGAUGUUGAAAAGUCAUCUCCAGAGAAAGGAAGCUGCAAUUCUUCUGAAAAUGACAAAACUAAAGUUGAACCUGUGUUAAAAGAGAAGAAAAGGAGGAAUUUAAGAGAGAGGGUAGCUAAAAGAGAACCAAUUGAUUUAUCCUCUGAUGCUGAGAAAUCUCCCCUGAAAGAGGAGAGUUCUUCUGAAGAUGCUGUGCGGAAUAAAAAACAAACCGCAUCUAAAGAAAAGAAAAAAAUAAGUCACAAAAAGAAAAUGUCCAAGAAGGAAGAGAAUAACUCAUUGUCGUCUUCUGAUGAGGAGUCUUAUGAAGACAGUAAGAAGAUGAUUAAAAGAGGGUCAGUAAAAGAAAGUAAAAAGAGUAACUUAAAAAAGAAAGUGGCAGAAAAGAAUGUGGUUGUCACUUCAUCUUCUUCGUCUGAUAAAGAAGAAAAUGAUGAACAGAAUUCAACAGGUGAUGGAAGCAGUGAUGAGCAGAAAAUUAUGCCAGUGACUGAAAACCUAGUGCUGUCUGCUGGUACAGGAUUUUGUCAGUCAUCAGGUGGAGAGACUAAAUCAAGGACUGUUCCAAUGGAGGAGGAGGAAGAUGAUGAUGACGACGAUCCUGAGAAUAGAAUUGCCAAGAAAAUGCUUUUAGAAGAAAUCAAAGCCAAUCUUUCCUCUGAUGAGGAUGCAUCUUCAGAUGAUGAAUUGGAUGAAGGAAAAAAGAAAACUGCAAAGCAAACUGAAAACACAGGAGAUGAUGAAGAGAAUGAGAAGGAAGAUAAUUCUGAAUCAGAUUCAGAGGUAGAAGAAUCAAAGAAGCCACGAUACAGACACAGGCUACUGAGGCACAAGCUGACAGUGAGUGACGGGGAAUCUGGUGAAGAAGAAAAAAAGGUGAAACCAAAGGACAAAAAAGAAGGGAAGCGCAGAAGUAGAAGGAAAGUGAGCAGUGAUGAUUCAAAUGACUCCGAGUUUCAUGAGUCUGCAGUUAGUGAGGAAGUCAGUGAGUCUGAAGAUGAACAACGUCCAAGAACAAGAUCUGCCAAGAAGGCUGAGGCAGAAGAAAACCAACGCAGUUACAAGCAGAAGAAGAAACGAAGGCGUAUAAAGGUUCAAGAGGAUUCUUCGAGUGAAAACAACAAUAAGAGUAAUUCUGAGGAUGAAGAAAAUGAUGAUUCAAAAUCUCCUGGAAAAGGCAGGAAGAAAAUAAGGAAAAUUAUUAAAGAUGAUAAGCUUAGAACAGAAACACAGAAUGCACUUAAAGAAGAAGAAGAGAGAAGAAAACGUAUAGCAGAAAGAGAACGGGAGAGAGAGAAACUGAGAGAGGUGAUAGAGAUAGAAGAUGCUUCACCUCUGAAGUGUCCCAUUACAACUAAGCUGGUUUUAGAUGAAGAUGAAGAAACCAAAGAACCAUUAGUGCAGGUUCACAGGAGUAUAGUUACCAAACUGAAACCACACCAAGUAGACGGUGUUCAGUUCAUGUGGGAUUGCUGUUGUGAAUCUGUAAAAAAAACGAAGUCAUCUCCUGGUUCUGGAUGCAUUCUGGCUCACUGUAUGGGUCUGGGGAAAACAUUGCAGGUAGUAAGUUUUCUUCACACAGUCUUGCUGUGUGAUAAACUGGAUUUUCGGACAGCUUUGGUGGUGUGUCCACUGAACACUGCCUUGAACUGGUUGAAUGAGUUUGAAAAAUGGCAAGAAAGUUUAGAAGAUGAGGAAAGGCUGGAGGUCUGUGAACUAGCAACUGUGAAACGUCCUCAAGAGAGGAGCUACAUGCUCCAGCGCUGGCAGGAUGAAGGAGGAGUGAUGAUAAUAGGCUACGAGAUGUAUCGUAACCUGGCACAAGGCAGGAAUGUGAAGAGUAGGAAACUUAAGGAAAUAUUUAAUAAAGCUUUAGUUGAUCCAGGCCCCGACUUCGUUGUUUGUGAUGAAGGGCACAUACUGAAAAAUGAAGCAUCUGCUGUUUCUAAGGCAAUGAAUUCUAUUCGAUCUAGGAGAAGAAUAAUUCUCACAGGAACACCACUGCAGAAUAAUCUUAUAGAAUAUCACUGCAUGGUUAACUUUAUUAAGGAGAAUUUGCUUGGUUCAAUUAAGGAAUUCCGAAAUAGAUUUAUAAACCCGAUUCAGAACGGUCAGUGUGCAGACUCCACUCUGGUAGAUGUCAGAGUGAUGAAGAAGCGUGCACAUAUUCUCUAUGAGAUGUUAGCUGGAUGUGUUCAGAGGAAAGAUUACACAGCAUUAACAAAGUUCCUCCCGCCAAAGUACGAGUAUGUUCUAGAAGUUCGAAUGACACCUCUUCAGUGCAAACUCUACCAAUACUACUUGGACCAUUUGACAGGUGUAGGUAGUGGCAAUGAAGGUGGAAGAGGCAAAGCUGGAGCGAAACUAUUCCAGGAUUUCCAGAUGUUGAGCAGAAUCUGGACUCACCCUUGGUGUUUGCAGCUGGACUAUAUUAGCAAAGAAAAUAAGGGCUAUUUUGAUGAAGACAGCAUGGAUGAGUUCAUAGCUUCAGAUUCUGAUGAAACUUCAAUGAGCUUAAGUUCUGAUGAUUAUGCAAAGAAAAAAAAAUCCAAGGGGAAAAAAGUGAAGAAAGACUCAAGUGGAAGUGGCAGUGAUAAUGAUGUUGAAGUCAUUAAGGUCUGGAAUUCAAGAUCUCGUGGAGGUGGAGAAGGAAAUGCAGAAGAACUUGUAAACAACCCCUCAUCUGUUAACAAAUCAGAUGAAGGCAAAGCUACAUCCUCUUCCAAUCCUGGUAGUCCAGCACCAGAUUGGUACAAAGAUUUUGUCACUGAUACAGAUGCUGAAGUGUUGGAACAUUCUGGGAAAAUGGUUCUUCUCUUUGAAAUUCUUCGAAUGGCAGAGGAGCUUGGAGACAAAGUCCUAGUGUUUAGCCAGUCCUUAAUAUCUCUGGAUUUGAUAGAAGAUUUUCUGGAGCUGGCCAACAGGGAGAAAACUGACAAAGACAAACCUCCUAUUUAUAAAGGUGAAGGAAAAUGGUUCCGAAACAUCGAUUACUAUCGCUUAGAUGGUUCAACAACUGCUCAGUCAAGGAAGAAAUGGGCUGAAGAAUUCAAUGAUGAAACUAAUGUGAGAGGCCGCUUGUUCAUUAUAUCUACUAAAGCAGGUUCCCUCGGAAUUAACCUGGUGGCUGCUAAUAGAGUAAUCAUCUUUGAUGCUUCUUGGAACCCCUCCUAUGACAUCCAGAGCAUUUUCAGGGUUUACCGUUUUGGGCAGAACAAGCCUGUGUUUGUGUACAGGUUUUUGGCUCAGGGAACAAUGGAAGAUAAGAUCUAUGAUCGUCAGGUAACAAAGCAGUCGUUGUCUUUCCGGGUUGUCGACCAACAGCAAGUGGAACGUCAUUUUACCAUGAAUGAACUUACAGAGCUCUACACUUUUGAGCCAGAUUUGCUGGAUGAUCCUAAUUCAGAAAAGAAAAAGAAGAGAGUUACACCAAUGUUGCCCAAAGAUACAAUUCUGGCAGAAUUACUUCAAAUCCAUAAAGAAUAUAUAGUUGGCUAUCAUGAGCAUGAUUCACUCCUGGACCAUAAGGAGGAAGAGGAACUCACUGAAGAGGAAAGAAAAGCAGCAUGGGCAGAAUAUGAAGCAGAAAAGAAGGGCUUGACUAUGCGUUUCAACAUGCCAGCUGGAACCAAUAUGCUUCCCACAAAUUUCAACUCUCAAACACCAUAUAUUCCUUUCAAUCUGGGGACUCUGUCUGCAAUGAGUAACCAACAGCUGGAGGACCUGAUUAAUCAAGGAAGAGAGAAAGUUGUGGAAGCAACCAACAGUGUAACUGCAGCAAGAAUUCAGCCCCUUGAAGACAUCAUUUCAACCAUUUGGAAAGAAAACGUAACACUCACAGAGAGCCAAGUGCAGGCCCUGGCACUGAGCAGACAGGCAAGCCAGGAGCUUGAUGUCAAGCGCCGAGAAGCCAUUUAUACCGAUGUCCUUACUAAACAACAGAUGUUAAUCAGUUGUGUUCAGAGGAUACUCAUGAACAGAAGACUACAGCAGCAGUACAAUCAGCAGCAACAACAGCAGAUGUCUUACCAGCAAGCAGCAAUGAGUCAUCUCAUGAUGCCAAAGCCUCCUAAUUUAAUAAUGAAUCCUUCCAACUACCAACAGAUAGAUAUGAGAGGAAUGUAUCAGUCAGUGUCUGGUGGUAUGCAGUCAUCAUCAUUACAACGAGCAGCACCCCCAAUGAGAGGCAAAAAUCCAGGGCCUUCCCAAGGGAAAUCAAUGUGAUUUUGCACUAAAAGCCUAAAGGAUUGUUAAAAUCAGAGAAAGAGCUUUUAUUUUUUUAGGAAUCAAUGGCUUAACAGAACUCAACUGUAAAAAAAAAA